AUGGUAAAUUCAUUGCGUAUCUUUCCUAUUAUUGGUGUUGUUAUUUUUAUCAUCAUUAUACUUUUUGCAUUUAUUUAUUCAAUUCCAAUCAUAUUUAUUCGUCGUUUUCAUCAACAUAAUAACAUACUUACACUAAAUAUAUGUUUGGUAACAAUAUUAUGUUGUUUAUCUUGGCUUUUUAUUCAUGCAACGAUCACGAUUGAUGAUCCAUAUACAACUCUUGGAAAAAUGAAUUUUUUUUUCUACAUUACAGCAAUGAUAUUUACUAUUCAAGUACCAUUUAGUUUUCUGGCAGCAUCGAUUCAUCGUUGUUGUUCAAUAGUUUAUCAUACGAAGGUCUUUUUUAAAACAAAACGAUGGAUUAUGCUUUGUAUCGGAAGUCAAUGGUUAUUGGGAUUUAUUUUAUCUACACCAGAUUUUGUACGCAUUUAUUUGCCAAAGGGAGAUUUUCUAUGGCCAAAAGUUUAUGCCUUGAUAAGUGUGAUGAUAAUUCCAUCGACUAUUUAUCUUAUUACAAAUAUCCUUAUCUAUUAUCAUGUUCGAUCUUCAUCUCGUCGUAUUCAACCACAAACUAUUUUUCAUAAUGUUCAACAAAUAAAAAUUAGUCGUCGUGAUAUUUAUUUAUUGCGACAUAUAAUUUUAAUGUUUUGUGUAUUUGUUACAGGAUGGGCUCCAACAUCUAUAUUACCAAUUGUUAAUCAUUUUACAUAUGUUAAUAUAUUACUAUAUGGAGUUUCUACAAUUUGGUGUGAAUUAGCCUUGUUAAUCAACAUUAUUGACUUAUAUUUAUAUAAUCAUAAAGUGAGAAAAUAUUUAAAAAGUAUUUGUUUACAAUGCUGUACUAAAUUCUAA